UGCAGGUCUGACGUUGCAGAACGAAGACCUUUAUUUUGACGACCACAAGACCGGACAUGUCAUAUUUGCGUUGCACGUUGUCUAACCGUAUCUAUUGGACAAUUUUACGCCUAUGAAUGCGAUGUGGAGAGUAGCUAUGUCGGAAGAGGUUGGGAAGAAGAUGCAGGCGGUGUUGGACCGGGUAAAUCUGGCGGUCACCCGACGCCCUAAGACAUUACCGUGCAUUGCACCUAGGUUAGUUGCUGUGAGUAAAACCAAGCCUCCAGACAUGGUAGUUGAGGCUUAUAAACAUGGGCAACGCAACUUUGGAGAGAACUAUGUAAAUGAGCUUGUGGAGAAAGCCUCUCACCCUCUGAUUUUGACAUUGUGCCCUGAAAUUAAAUGGCAUUUCAUUGGACAUCUACAGAAGGGCAAUGUUAAUAAACUAUUAGGUGUUCCAAAUCUUUACAUGGUUGAGACAAUCGACUCUGUAAAACUGGCUGACAAACUUAACAGUUCAUGGCAGAAAUUACGAUCUUCUAACACCCAGGGGUUAAAGGUCAUGGUACAGAUCAACACCAGCGGCGAGGAAAACAAACAUGGCCUGAAUCCUGAUGAAACUGUUGAUACAGUGAAACACAUUGUAUCUAAUUGCCCUGCUUUGGUCUUCUCUGGACUCAUGACUAUUGGUCGUUAUGGUUAUGAUCUCAGUGAAGGCCCCAAUCCAGAUUUUCAGAUCUUGAUAAUGCGUCGUGAAGAGGUGUGUGAGUGUCUAAAACUUCCACUGGAACAUGUUGAGCUCAGUAUGGGCAUGUCCACAGACUUUGAACAUGCGAUUGAGGUAGGCUCCACUAAUAUCCGUGUUGGUAGCACCAUUUUUGGAACACGGGAAUAUCCAAACACACCUAGCCCCAGCCCAGAAAAGAAGCCAGAGGUAACAUCUGCGGAAUCAGCAAAGAAGAUGGAACAUCUUACAGUAAAAGAGCAUUAAAUAAUAGAAACAGUGAUGCACACUUAAUCCAGAUGGCUUAAGAGAACCCAGCCAUAUGAAAAUUAAAUAUAGACCUGGUCUUCCUAGGAAAUGACCAGGCAGAAAAUGUGAAGGUAAGUUUCCUCUCAUCUACACAUAAGUUUGUCUAAUUUCAAACAUUUUUACCAUUUAUAGCAUACUAGUUAAAAGUUUUAUUUAAAAAUUAAAACACAUUUUGCAUUUCUUACCUAAACUGUUUAACUGUAUAAUGUAUGGUCAUUGAAUGAAGUGUGGAUUGCAGUGUUUUCUGUCAGUAGACCACUUUUUCUGUGACUCAUUAUGAAAUGAUGACCUAAAAAGAGAAACUGUUGAUAUAUGCACAUGUUUUGCAUAAUUACUUGUACUGUUGCUGUGAAAACUGUUUUCGAGGAAUUGGCAUUUGCUAUUAUUCAAACGUUCAUAUAUAAACAUUUGUAUAAACUUUAAAUUCGAAUGGACAAGUUCCAGAGAAAUAGUGGAUGUGUGAUUUAGAACUUUAAAAACAUUUUGUUAAUUAUGGUUGUAUGGCAUUUAACCAGAAUUUGUUUUGGAUAUUUUUAUGGUGAUAAAUAAAACAAACUAUUUACUAUGUGCAAAUGCCUCUGAAAGGUAAAAUAAAUAUCAAUUCUGAAACGAUAGAUAUACAGAAUAGAUAUACAGAAUUAAUUAUACAACCUGAAUUGUGGAAAUCUUGGGACAUUUUUUAAAUUUGAAUAAAAUGAAAACUAAAAUACUUUUAAAUCACAUGAGCCAAUAUUUCUUCACAAUGGAAAAUUGAUAACAAAUGUUUAACCAGAGAAAUGGUACACUUUUAUCCAAUAAAUGAGCUCAUUUCAAAUUUAAUGCCUGCGCAAGGUCUCAAAAAAGUUGACACAGGCAGUGGCUGAAAAAGCAAGAAAUUUUUAAAAGAUUCAGAUCUAGCAACUAAAGGUCUGUUACAUGAUUAGCUAUAAAAGGGAUGUGUUAUAGAGGCAGAGUUUCUCAGAAGUAAAGAUGAGGAGAGGCUUUCCAAUCUGUGAAAUGGUAUGUAAAAAGAUUGUGGAUUACUUUUAAAAAAAAUAUUCGUCAACGUCAAAUUGCGAAGGCUUGCAAAUUUCUUUAGCAUUUCUGUGCAUAAGGGACAAGGCCAAAGACUGCAAUAUUGUGUUAAUAUUGGCUCAUGUGAUUUAAGAGUAUUUUAGUUUUCAUUUUAUUCAAAUUUAAAAAACCACCCAACAUUUUCAGAAUUCAGGGUGUGUGUGUGCGCACAUGCUAGAGUACACAAUAUUCAGGGUCUGGAAUAACAAUUUUUGAUCAUACGUAGUCACAAGUUUAUACAGUCUGGUCAAACCAAGACAUAUUUCUAGCCUAAAUUAUAAGUUAUAUCUGCUCAAUUUGCUAAGCAAUUUACAUUUUCAGAAAUUACCCAGACCUUUUAGUUCCUCAGGACCUCUUGGGUCCACUUGGCUAUAUACCGUUGUAGAAAGGACUUUAUUUACAUUUACAUUAUUUACUGUCCAAUGUCUCCCAAAUGAGGAUGGUUCCCUUCUAAGCCUGAUUCUGGUGGAAUUGGAAUUAUGCAACCAAGAGCUCCUGAGGAACUAAUAGGUCUGUGUAAUUUCUGAGUUCAUAACAGAAUUAACACUAAUCCCUUCCUGUCUAAGUCUUCAAAUGUUCACUGAUGAAGAUCCGAGCACAAAGCUGACUAAUGCAAUGGCAGUUCAAAGUGGGUUUGAUAGUCUCCAAGUGGUUGUAUCUUCAGUAAUCCCAAGGGUCACAAGCUGCCAAUGCAGAUCUAUCCCAGCACAGUACACUACCAUAUGAUGAGACUCCUACCAUGGAAGAGUGUCAAGAUGGAUCAGGCAGGUCUGGAAAGAGGAACCCAUGAGUGGUAGGGACACAGAGAGAAUUAUUAAGUAUGCUUGUAAUCAAGUGAUGGUUAAAGACUAAGUACAUUAUGUGCAAAGUGCAGACAGGGACUCUAGCAAGACUAGCGAUUAAAAAAAGGAGAGCCGGAAGAUGACACAAACCUUAGGGCUUCCUGGGAAAUAAAGCAUCUAACCUCUCCACAGUCAGCAAACCUGAGCAACUUGGAUGUUUGGAUGCUGUCGCCUUCCCAACCUCACAAGUUCACCAAACACUCUAAGCUCAAUCUCUGCUAAGAAAAAUUUCUAGCCACAAACAACUUUGUCAGGACAACACACAAAAAUAUUGUAUUAAUCAUUAUCAAGAAUUUAACAGAUUGGAGAUUUAAAGGGCUAUAUAACAGUACACUUGUAUCAAUCAAGAAUACAAAUACAUUCUUUCAUGCGAAAUGGAAUUGUUUGUUAAGUUAUUUCGUUACUGCGCAUGUAUGAUGUGAACACAUUUCCACUUCUGAUUAUUGAGAUGAGUCAUUAAAUAAAAAGUUGUGUGCUGUUCAAAGAAA